AAGAGGACGUUUGGACAGAGAUCGCCAAUCAUCUAGACGCCAAGUCACUGGUGAAGCUCGCGACGACAUGUCGUUGGUUCCGCGGUCUGAUCAUGGAAGAAGGGAGCAUAUGGAAGCACGUGUGCCUACGUGAUCUUCAGGUCCCUGAGCCUCGUCACGUGGCACUCAAUUGGAGGAAGCUGUACGUUUCAGCCUUUGAUGGGAGUCACUCUUACAUGUUUCGCCAGCAGGAGAAGCAUAUCGACUGGAUGCGCAUCGGUGCAUUUUCCGUUGAAUCCUCAGAAGCAUUCCUAACAGAAAAGCUGAUCAAACCAUCAAGGCUCCCAGAAGGAGAUACCAAACAGAAAAUGUUGGAGUCCUGCGGCAGUUGUGUGUUGGAUAAAGUUAAAACUGGGAUAUGGAUUGCUGAUCUCCAGCUUGUCCGAUGCCCCGUCUGCGAGCUCAAUACCUGUGAUGGAACGAUGCAGACACUGGAUGCAAGGCAUAUUGAGUUGUUCUUGAGCGAGGGGUACAAGAAUGGAAGCUGGGAAUACGAACUUAUAGGUCGCCAUGAUGUCAACAAGCAUGCCGAUGGUGCUUGUGGGGCUAUUUUCGAUAUGAAACACCUCAAGGAAUCUUCAACAUCUGUGUUUAAUCUCAAGUCAUGGGUGGGAAAACCAACAGACUGGCAACCAAAGGCUGUCAUUACUCUACAUGCAGUUGCAGUCAACACAAAUCUGCAGAAGAAUGAAGGACUUCAAGUGAAGUACCAUGCCAUGAGAGAUGGACCUCAAGGAGAAGUAGUAUCCAUCAGAAUCUCACAGCAGCUCCUGUAAAGUCACACACCUCAAAACUUCCUCACCAAGCUACACGAAACAGAUUCCCAGAACUCCACAGAUUAUUGCUAGUUGCCAAUCUCCGAAAGGCAACUCAAUAAAACGCCCUUCGAAUAAUCAGAUACAUGAAAAUAUUUCCUGUUAGCUUAGAGAUAGAUCGGUCUUCCUUGUAGAAAUGAUAAAUACAUAUGCUACUACAGAUACAUGUUACCUGCUCACACACAUAUUUGUGAAUCAAUGAACGGCUCAGAUCAAUUGUUCAAAACAUCUUUGAAAUUAAAUUUUUAUAUAAGUGAUAUUCAAUAUUAAAUUCAUCAAAAUUACGUCAAACUUGGGUGCAGAAGGGGAUUCGAAGCUGACUUUCGGGUUGUUAACAAAGCUAUUAUAACACCAUUCCACCUUUGUCAUUCUGGUUUUUGUCCUGAGAUAACAUGGACAUCUUACUCCUCGUCUCUCUCCUCUUCCUUCUCUUCCCCCACGUCUCUGCACUCAAUGCUUGCUCGGCUUCCAACUGUGGUGAAACCAGCUUCCCAAUCCGAUUCCCUUUCUGGUUAGUACUCAACCAACCCGAAAACUGCGGUUUCCCGGGCUUCAACGUGGACCGCAACAGCCACGGGCUAAAAACGCUAAAACUUCCAAAACCCAGAGACAUUUUCGUCCGAGGAAUCAGCUAUGUCACACAAGAAAUCCAACUUUUCAACCCCGAAAACUGCCUCCCUCGAAAGCUCCUUACUCUCAAUCUCUCAGGCUCUCCUUUUAUUGCUCCCAUGCACUAAAACUACACCUUCCUCAGCAAGUCAAGGUUCACUUCCAUUGACUGCCUCAGCAACUCCACCACCUCGGUUCUGGCCACCCCUUCCACCAGCUUGACGGAUUCGAUGUGCACCACUUGCCGGAUUGUUGCCACAUUGGCUGUUCCAGUUUCUGGGCAGGUUCAGACGGGGAUGGAUUCUCAACCACCCUUGACUCGGAUCUUUGUUUUGACUUGGUAUAAGCCUGCUUGCAGUACUUGCGAUGUGUAAGGCGGCAUUUGUGGAUUUCUCAGCAAUGCCACCAAGAACUUGGUUCCACUUUCAAUUCAACAGCAGGUAAAUUUCCUGAUUCAUAUAUUUGCCUAAUUGCCAUUUCCAAUGGUGAGAGUUCGUUAAGCGUUUCACACUACCGCUUUCUCCUUCUGCACCAUUUCCUGCCCUGUGAUUGCCUGUUCUGCUUGUAUCGAAGACGGCUAAUGCUGCACAGCGAAGGUCCACCGCUGUUGACCGCCACCGCAAGCCCCACCGUUGUAAAAUUGUUUGGAUCAGACAACCAUAGAAUCCUACCAGAUGCUAGUUCUUGGGGAGAGUAGGCGCCUUCCAGGACACAACGAUACCACCUGCGCUAUAUGCUUGUUGGAGUAUCUCACCAAAGAGACGGUGAGAUGCAUACCAGAAUGCAAAAACUGCUUCCAUGCAGAUUGCGUUGAUGGGUGGCUGAAACUGAACAGUUCCUGCCCAGUUUGCCGGAACAACCCGUCCCCAAGUCAAGCCAACUCAACACCCCCAGCUCAUGUAAAAUGCCUACAAUCGAACAUGUAGUUUCGUGGAAA